AUGUUUAAUAUUGUAGGGGAACUUUGGAAAGCUUAAUAAUAUGCAAUGUAGGAAUGCUGUUUUGAAGUUCCUUAAACAUUUUACUUGUAGGGUAGCAAAAUAUCACAUUAUUUUACCAGUUCUUAAUGUUCUGGUAAAAUAUUAAAGAAAAGGAAAGAGAAUGUUAAUUUAAAAAGCAUCCUAGAUACUUUUAACUCUAAAGAUAAGCAUGUAUGUUCAUUCUAGAGAUUAUUGAACAAGAAAGAUGUUUAAUUUAAAUAUUUAACACGAAAUGAACUUGAAGCACUAAUAUCUGACAUCACUAAUUUUUCAGAACUAUAUUAAGAUGUUAUUAUUUAAUAAACAUUUCCUAGUGAAAACUUUAUUACAUAUUCUAGAUAAGGUCAUAUAACUUAGGUUUAAUAAAGAAUUCCGUUAUCUUCAGAACCCUUAAUAACUUUGAAGGAAAGUUAAUUUGCAUGUGAAAAAGUCAUUUUUGAAACAAGAGUAAAUAAAGUAGGAAUAACAGUUGAAAAAUUAUUAAGUUUAAUUGAAGGAUAAAAGGUCAAUUAGAUUGAAAUUUAUAUGAAAUAGGUUGGAGAUAAAUUGAUGAUUCUUUGGAAUACUAGUAUUUAAUUUUAAAAUACUAAAAGAUUAUUAAAUUUCAUUAAUUCUCUAAACUAUUUACAUAAUUAAGAAUUUUUUGAAUAAUAUUAACCAAAAAAAUAAAUAUCAGAUGAUAUCACUGUAGUUUAAUGUUGUGGGUGUAGAAAAUUAACAAAAGUUAAUGAUACUUUUGAAGUGCUUAAAAAUAGAAUAUGGAAAAUAAGAAUGCAUAGAAAUCUUCAUCAUUUGAAUGAUUAAAAAUUACAUUUAGAUGUAACAGGAAGAAUUGUUCCUAAAUUUGAUGAUUUUUAAUUUGUGAGAGUAUGUGGAAUAUGUUAUAAUAGUUUUAUUGAAACAAUAUCGAAUAUAAAUAAAAAAACAGAUAACACAGUAAGGAAAUUACCUUAAAAGUAAUAAGAUUUAUCUAUAAUGUUGCCAAAUGGUCCUCGUAGAAAAUUAUUUAAGUUUAAUGAUAAUUAAACAAAUGGAUAUUUGGGAAGUCGUACAAAUAGUGCUCAGAUAAAAGAGAAAAGAAUGACACCUUAAAUAAUGAAUUCAACAUUUGAUGAGAAUUAUGAGAGCAUUUAGAAUUAAAAAAUGGAAAUAGAUGAUGAAUUUGAUUAGUUGUUAAAUGAAGUGAAAAAUGAUAUAAGAAGUUCUUAUUAGUCGAGUAAAUAGACGAUAAAUAAAGCAAGAAUAUAAAGUGCUUAAAACAGUAAUAAGUUUAAAUUAUAUUACUAAUGA